GGCUCGCUCAUUCACACAUUUGCUCGCUUCCCCGUACGCAGGACGAUCGAUUCACAGCCGACCGACAUGAUGGCAGCCAAGCUGGACGACUACGUGAUCCAGCGGCGGCUGGCGCCCGCACUCUUCGGCGACGUGCUGCUGUGCCAGCACAAGCCGACUGGCGACAUGGUGGCUGUCAAGCGCGUGCUGCAGAGCGCCGCCAACGCGCAGCUCACGCUCGCCAGCAACAAGAAGGUGCGCGAGAACGUGGCACUCGAACGCGCACUGUACCACCAGCUCAACCGCGUAGGUGGUCACCGCAAUCUACUCAAGCUACGCGACGAAAUCGAGUUUGACGGGUAUCUGUAUCUUGUUUCGGACUUCUGCGCACGUGGCGAGCUAUACGAGCUCGUGAGCUCCGCCGAGGACGGCAAGCUACCGCUGCCCAUUAUCACGAAAUACAUGCGCCAGAUCGCCAGCGGUGUCCAGUUCCUCCACGCCAACGGCUUCGCACACCGCGAUCUGUCGCUAGAAAACGUUCUGGUCACGGACGACGACCAGUGCCAAGUGUGCGACUUUGGCCUUGCCGCCUCCACAGCCAAACCCAGUCGCGAGACUGUAGGCAAGCUCUUCUAUAUGGCACCUGAGGUGCUAGCUGGAGUCCAGUACGACGCCACCAAGGCUGACGUCUGGUCGCUCGGUGUGAUGCUCUUCAUUAUGCUUAUCGGAGCUCCUCCCGUUGAAACAGCGUCGUCGUCGGACGCCAGAUUCAGACUCAUUACUAACAAGGGAAUCAGGAAACUCAUCGACCGCUGGGGGCUCACGAAGGAGCUGCCGGCCGCCGCUAUUGACCUUAUCGCCGACAUGCUCGAGGUCGACCCGGAGCAGCGCAUCUCAAUGGCCGAGGUGGUGUCCCACCCGUUCUUGCUGCGCUCUAGCACUAUCGCCUCGCCUCAGCGCGUUGCUCCGCCUAAGAUGCAGCAGACGCGCGUCGCGUCGCCGGCCAAACAGACGCCGCAGACGACGGCCUCGUACUCGUCGGCGCCGUCGACGUCCAUGUACUCGACGCGCCCCGAGUCGGACGGCAUCGAACGCAGCGGCUGCCGCCUGCUGUUCCACAAGAUUCACCGUUUCUUCUCGCGCCGUCACAACAAACGCGUGAUGGCUGUGCGACGCGGUUCUGGAUCAUCAAAGCGAGCGCACGCCAAGCGCUUCGCAAAUGCCGCCUGAAGGUGGCUAGGCCGUCGUUUACGUGGGCUCGCCGAGCUCGUGGCCGCUAUCAACCGGCCACAUCGCAACAGCCUGUCCGACGCAUUCGAUGGCCGCAAGACGCUGGACGUUGUGUAUUUAUUCGGGGCUGCUGGUGUCCCCGUCCAUUUGUAAGAGGAAUUAUCAAAGUACUAAAAGUAGAUAGACGUAUGUACGCAUAGCAAUAAACAACUCAAAAUUCAUCCAACUACUUCGGAUAGACGAAUAUACAGAUGCCAGGAAUUUGAUAACACAGUUGCAACUUGCAAGCUUGGGGCCCUGGCAAAUUGACGUAGUAUCAACAA